GGUAAGAAGUAAUAAAUAAUGCAUUACAGUUUUGAAGUAACUUGCCCAACACUGUUUAAAUUCUCCCAAGUUUUUAACUUGCUGUUAAACGACAAUAAUAGAUUAAUCUGAUUCUCCAAACACAGCUCACCCUGACUGCAGGUACGACAUUGACAGUGAAUGACAGCUCUACACAACCCCAUUAAAAAAACACCUGUCUUUUUGAUGGACACCAUGUUGCUCUGCAUUACCAUACCCAACUCUCCUGCUCAGACAAACCAACCUUUGGUAGUUUGGGGAGGAUGACAACCUAAUAAGAAGCACUGACAGCUGAUUCAUGGCCCACAAUUAAUAUUCACCAGGGAAAGUGUGUCCUAUAACCUCUGGAGGCUUUGAGUUUGGCCCUUAGUCCAGCACUUCAAUUCACAACCCAAGCUUUCCCAUCGUUUCCUAAUAAGGACUGGAGGGAUGGAGGAGCCUUCAGCUGUUUUUUCCUCCUCUGUGUCUCUCUCUCUCCUUUCCCUCCUACACUGCAGUCAGGCAGGCAGUGUUAAAUAUCUCAUCUCGUUUUAUUCUCCAGGCUGCCAUCAAUUUCAAGCUGUUCUCCUCUCAUUUACAGCACCGCCACACCAACCAUGAGAUCAAGAUGCACAUCAGUUGCCAAACGAGCAGGUUCACUUGCCUUUCUUGGCACAAAGAGAAGCAGUUGCACGAUAUUCACGACAGUCCUUCACAUCUGUCAGCCGACAUAGCAAUCCUGGAAACAUUAGACUGUUUCCAACAAGAGUAUUUCACAGAGCAGCUGCGGGUGGAGGGGGUGACCCAUCUGCCGAGGACAGUGACCAGUGACGUUCACAGUGCUGAACGUUAUGACGUCUACACGGAGGGAGGGGUUCUGUUUGUCACCAGCAGAAUCCUGGUGGUGGACUUCCUCACGGACCGCAUCCCCGCUCACCUGAUCUCAGGCAUUCUGGUGUACCGGGCUCAUAAAAUCAUCGAGUCGUGUCAGGAGGCCUUCAUCCUGCGUUUGUUCAGACAGAAGAACAAAACCGGCUUCAUUAAAGCCUUCACUGACAAGGCCACAGCCUUCUCCUCUGGCUUCUGCCAGGUGGAGCGAGUCAUGAGAAACCUCUUUGUCAAGAAGCUCUACUUGUGGCCCAGGUUUCAAGCCUCUGUGAACACAGCCCUGGACAAACACAAGCCAGAAGUGGUGGAGCUGCAUGUGUCCCUAACACCGGCGAUGAGAGCCAUCCAGAGCUCUAUUCUGGACAUCAUGGCUGCCUGUUUAAAGGAGCUGAAGCAGUACAACCCUACUCUGGAGGCUGAGGACCUCUCACUGGAGAACACACUAGGAAAUGGGUUUGAAAAGACUAUACGUCACUACCUAGAUCCUCUGUGGCAUCAGCUAGGAGCAAAGACCAAAGGUCUUGUUCAGGACCUCAAGGUUCUCCGAGUUCUCCUGCUCUACCUCACUCAGUAUGACUGUGUCACCUUCCUCAAUCUGCUGGAGUCUCUGCGCUCCAGUCAGAAGAUCUUCGGCUCAAAUUCAGGUUGGCUGUUCCUGGACUCGAGCACCUCCAUGUUUGUUAACGCCCGCAGCAGAGUGUACCGGUUUCCUGAGAACAGAAAGAAACUCAAAGCAGGAGAAGAGGCAGAGAAGCAGAAGUCGUCCACCGCCUCAGAGGUGAAGAGGGAGCUGGUUCUGGAGAAGAGUCCGAAGUGGCAGGCUUUGUCUGAGGUUCUGGAGGAGAUUGAGAAGGAGAACACGAACUCUCAACAUGAACUGGGUCGUGUGCUCAUCUGUGCCAGUGAUGAUCGGACUUGCGCCCAGCUGCAGCAGUACAUCAGACACGGCUCCGACUGGCUGCUGACUAGACUGUACAGCCGCACCAUCGCUAAACAGGACUCUGCUGUAGCUGCUGCCCUCGAGCUGGAAUCACGCAAGAAGGGAAAAGGCUGGGUCAACAACGGAGCCAAGGGCAAGCAGCCUGCAAAGAAAAAACACACAAAAGACAAGAGCCGACCUUCUCUGACCCUCACCCAGAUGAUGGGGAAGAAGGAGGCGGAUGAGGCGGCAGCAGUGGGCAGCAGCGAAGAUGAGGACAAUCUGAUGGAGGGCGAUGGUGGCAAGGAAGAACAGCUGAAGUUGGAUCUGUCAUCAGACGCGUAUUAUGGCAUCCUUAAGGAGCCACUGAUGGUCAUCCACCCUCUGAAGGGCUGCACCGACCCCCACAGUUUGACCCGAGUGCUGCAGGAGGUGGAGCCCAGCUUCGUGGUGCUGUACGAUGCAGAAAUGAGUUUUGUUCGCCAGCUGGAGAUCUACAAAGCUAAUCGACCCGGAAAGCCCCUUAGAGUUUACUUCCUCAUCUACGGAGGCUCCACAGAAGAACAGAAAUAUCUGACGGCUCUGUCCAAGGAAAAGAAAGCAUUCGAACACCUCAUCAGAGAAAAGGCGACUAUGGUCAUCCCAGAGGAGAGGGAAGGACGAGAAGACACCAACCUAGACCUCGCCAGAAACUUGGAGCCUGCUAAUGCCACAACCAACACCCGUAAAGCAGGAGGCCAGGGUCAGCCCAAAGAGCCCUCACGAGUCAUCGUAGAUAUGCGUGAGUUCCGCAGCGAACUGCCGUCCUUGCUCCACCGCCGUGGGCUGGACAUUGAGCCUGUCACCCUCGAAGUGGGCGACUACAUCCUGACACCAGAUACCUGCGUCGAGCGAAAGAGUGUCAGCGACCUGAUUGGCUCGCUGCAGAGUGGUCGUCUUUACACCCAGUGCCUCGCCAUGACUCGCUACUACAGAAAACCAGUCCUCCUCAUCGAGUUUGACCCGGCGAAACCGUUUUCCCUGAUGGCUCGCUCGGAUUUCCGGUUCGAGAUUUCAUCGAAUGACAUUUCUUCCAAACUGACAUUACUCACAUUGCACUUCCCCCGCCUUCGGAUUCUCUGGUGCCCCUCCCCUCACGCCACUGCUGAGCUCUUCCUGGAGCUGAAGCAGGGCCGCCAUGAGCCUGAUGCUUCUGCAGCUCAGGCGGUCACAGCUGAGUCAGACACAGUCGUUGAAUCAGCUGACCUUUACAACCCUGGCCCGUAUGACUUCCUGUUGAAAAUGCCAGGAGUGAAUCCCAAAAACUACAGAGCUCUAAUAAAAAAUGCAGACAGCCUAGCAGAGGUAGCCAGACUCAGCCAGGAAAAGCUGGCAGAAAUCCUCGGCAGUGCUAGCAAUGCUAAGAUGCUGUAUGAAUUUUUGCGUAAUGUUGCUGAUGUCCCUGCUCCAGUACAGAAGACCAAACGUUAAUGAAUCAUUUAUUGUUUAAUAUUUUGUUGGACAUUAAACAGUAUUUUUAAAAUGAAGUGAUGCUGGUUUAUAUGUUGAUGAUUUUGACGCAUAAUUUUGGUGUCAUCUUUUUUCAUUAGAAUAGAUUGUAUGUGUGUGUGUGUGUUUUUGUUUUUUUACUUAUUUGAAACUUUAGAAAAAAUGCAAAUUUAGAUUUUGGUAAUAAAAUAUAUUUUUAAAUGAAA